ACUAUGCCAGUACCCAUCAUUUUACAUCCUUUUUGAGUGAAAUGAUCAAGAAAUGUCAAAUGUUACACUUUUGGUGAAGUUUUUUGUGUUUCCUGCAAAACUCGAAAAAAAAAAUGUGUUAGGCGAUUACUUUAACAGGGUGACGAUAAAUUACUACUUGUCCUUAUCAAGCGGCUGUGCUUUGGUGAUCCAUUACAUUCAUUUUAGCACACCCCUGCGUCCACUUGCUGAAAACACCCGGUGCAGCUGGGAGCACUGGGACCAGCUGCACUCCAGUCCGGGUUUUCUGUCCCUCUCUUUCCUUCAGUGCCGACGACGGGUUUUUUGGCCAGCGGAGACCGUAGGUUGCGUCUGGUGGAGGGAGAGUGAGCGGGGCUGCCCUGAAUGGAUUGACAUAAGAGGGAUUUACAUUUUAACGGGUGUCGUGCUCCGCAAAGUCUAACACGGUGCACGUUGAAAACCAACUAUUCCGCUCGAUGUAUGUCCACGUUGGUGCUUUUAUCAUGUCUGUGUGUCAUCGUCGAGAGGGGAUUGAACUUGCCAGCAGUCUAUAUUUGCCGAGGAGGGAAACCAAUACAAGGUCUCGCUGUCUCUCUGGAGCGGAGUAUUAUUAGCAGUUCAGACAGUGCAACUGUCGCUCUCUGGUCAUGCAUUGCAUUCACACAAUAACAACAGCAUCCUACUUGAAAAUUCAAGAAUAAAAGAGAAGAGCAAGGUCUUAAAAAGGAAAAAUAAUUGUGUGCAAAGCGAAAGAUAAACAUUCACCUGGCUCCCAUGCCGGCUGCCAGAAAUCCUCCCCCCCACACCCUCAGCCAUGCCUGCUACUACCAAACCCGCCAGGAGACAAACACCUGCUCAGAAAAAGAAUGUCCAGAAAGUGAUCAGCACCAGGAGGCAGACCUGCAACUCAAAUAAACCCAGAGGACGAGCAACAGAGAAGCCCCAGAAAACACCUGCAGAUCCCAAAAGGUCAACAACCAGGGCCCAGGCGCAGUCAGACCGAAGCCCCCGUGGAAGAGGGGUUAUUAGGCCUGCGAGUCAGGGUCCUGGGAGGUCUCCUGGCAGAGUUAACCAUGCCCUAAACGUAACAGGAUCUACGAGGCUUAGACGGCAGAGCAAUCUGCCUGACCACUGUGGCGAAGUACAAGACCCCCUAGGGCGAAGGAAGUCCCUGCGGGGCACACGGAUGUCUGUUACUCCCUGUGUUACUCCCAAGCCUUGCAGAGGGGGGAGAAACAGCAGGGGGAGACGAGCAGCAUCACAGCAAGGAAACACAACAAACCAGCCUUUAAGCACCAGCAUCAACGAUUCAACACCUGACGAGGAAAAUAUAGACACCUGCCAUGCUGCAGAAGUACUUCCAGUUUCUCUCAAAACUGAAUUUGAACUUCCUGUGAGCAUCAAAGAUCAGGGUUUAGGAGUUAGUAAUGCUAAAGAGGGCAGCCCUCUAAAAGCAGAUUCACCACCGUGUAAUGACAUACUAGAAGACUGUGUGCAGGGCAGCAGUGACAGCACUAUCACCCAGCAAGACAAAAAGACCGUCAGUCAUAAGAACAGUGAAGGUGACCUGAGGUGUGUGACUGGGGUGUGUGAUGAUGAUGACGGACAGCUACAACUCUGCAGUGACAGAAGUAAAGAUAGCCCCUCUGUGCUAACGAGUAUCAGCUCUCCGGGGGUGCAGGGCGGCAGCGAGGGAAAUGACACUUCAUCUAUCCUUGAAAAUAAGCUUGAUCAUGUUGCCAGUGAUGGUAAGCAAGACGGUGUGUGUAAUGUCCAUCAAGAGGAAGACAACAUACCGGACUUAACAGAUGAUAGAGUGAUAGUUGUCACUGAGAGAAGAGAUGAGAGAGGAGAGAGUUUAGAGGCAGAUGAGAGACAAAAUAAGACUGGGGAAGAGGUGGAGGAGGUUGCUGAGAGGCUGGGCAACUGUGAGGAAGAAGAGGGAGGAAAUAGAGAAAAUGAGAACAAUGUUUCCAUCAAUCCUUCUGACUCCCACCUGGCCACUCCUGCCUCUCAACCUCCAGAUCCACCUCACUCUAACAAUGGGCCGACUGUACAGUCAGAAUCACCUGUAAGUGUGCUAUCAGUCUCCAACACAGCUACCUCAAACCCCACCAAAGCGCCCUCCACCUCAGAGACACUGGAGCCGGAGGUUCUGAGCCAGGGUAAGACAGACAUGCAACCUAUCAUUCAUGGUGCUAAACCUCAAUUCACAGGGUCCUCAGUGUUAGCUGAAACUGCCCUGAUGGUGCAAACUGUUGUAGUAAAGAGAAAUACGCCGGUUAUUAUCCGUAGUGACUCCUUCAAACCCAGGAGGGAUUUCAGCCAGGUCGAACCACAGCAACUGCAGAGCCUAGCGAUCCCUUCUCCACCGGGAGAGAGACAAGCUUGCACACCCGCAGAGACACAGACCAAAGAUAGUGAAUCCAAUCGAGAGCCAUUGGAUUGCCACAGCCAGAAAGAGACAUCUUCUCUGUCAUUGUCGCUCGUUCCUCAGUUGAGGCCUACAGCUGAGUGUGAACCAAACCUCAGCGAGGACAGCGCUGUAGUGUCAGUGCCAAAGAUCUCGACUCCUUCUCUGGAAAGUAGCUUCAGCUUCUCCUGCAGCUCAGAAAGCACACGCUCCUCUUUGUCUUUUGACACUGAAUCGGAUGCAGGGUAUGGAGAGCCCAGCCUCUCUGCUCUACCAGGAUCCUGGGGUCCAGAGGGGGCCUGUUUAUCCUCCUGGACCGCAUCGAGGCCACAGAAGAAGGAGAGGAAGAAGCGGAGCAGGUGCGGCACGUGUGAGCCAUGCCUGAGGAGAAUCAGCUGCGGCCAGUGCAGCUGCUGCCUCAACCGCAGGACUGGCCACCAGAUCUGCAAGCUGAGGAAGUGCAUAGAGUUGAGGAGGAGAAGACCUUCAUCUCUGCUCGCUCUGUCUGCUGCGCAGGUGGUUCCAGAAAGUGGGUCGGUAAAUGGCAAAGGCAAGGCACAGAUGGAUGACACCCACACGGCAGCAGAGGAGGAUGAGGGGGAGGAAGGCCACAUACCUCAUACGCAAGCUCCCCCCAUCACCCACUCACUCACCCACAACGCGGCCUCGGACCAAGGCGGACUGCCGGCACUUGUUAAAAGAGAGCCCGGGCUGGAGCUGACCGGCUUUGCACUUCACCAACACGUAUGCUCUUCUGUGACUUUUCAGAAUGGUUCUGCUGAGAACCUAACAAAACCUAACGGUGCUAAUAUGACCACUGGGUCACACACUGAUCUCAAGUCUGCAUAUAAGAGGACUUCGAUUGCAUCAGAGCCUCAAAGGACUAUAAUAGCUGCAAUCCCUAAAGACCGCCCUGAGAAUGGACCCAAGACUCCUCCAGAUGACAUGUCAGUUCCACUAAAAAAGAUCAAACUGGAGGAGCCGUGGAUGUGGAUCACAGAACAGGCCACCACCCAGCUGAGUGAUGAAGAUGAGGUCUGUGAGGACCCGCUGUCCACACUGGCAGCCGUGGUGUGUCUUUCUGUCACAGAGAGGAAAGGACUGGAGGAGAAACUUUUCAGCUCACGUUCUUCCAUUCUUUGCUCCAUCAAAACAGAGCCGCCAGAUUUGCACUUCGUCAAAAAAGAGCCAGAGGACCUUAAGAACGACUUGUGUCAGAAAAGCACUCCUGUUAGCCUGCAAAGGACUCCCCAGCCUAUCAAACGUGAACCUUCUCCAAGUAUCUUGCAACCAAGCGUGCAGUCUUUGGCAGAGAGAAGAAAUCUUAGUUUUGAUCAGGCUAUUGCUAUUGAGGCCUUGACUCAGCUGGCAGCUAUACCUCAAAGCACCCCAGGGUCCAUUAAAGUUGAAAGUAAGUGUGAACAUCCCAUUUCUACCGCUGCCUCAUUUUCAACCUCCAAUACAAAUACAACCCUACAAGUAUCCAAACCCACAGCAGCUAUCCGCUACAACAAAGUCUCCGUCAUCAGCUCACCACUGCACCAGAUGUCAGUCAUACGCCCUCCUGUGGCCAGACAAGGGAAUGUCAUCCAAUGCUCCCAGGGGGCGAGCUAUAACACAAAGCUGUCUCCGCAGAACAGCUCAGACAGUGAUAAAGCACCCUGCAAGAGGACAGAGCCAGGCUUUGGUUCUCAUGUCAUCAAGUCGGAAUGCAGCUAUAAAGAUCCCAGUGGCAUGAAGUUCAGUAAAGAUCAUGAGCGGCUGUUUGGGGAGGACAGAGACGGGACUGUUGGUAAAGUGAGGAGAAACAGAGAAGAGGAGGAGGUGGCAGCGCAGCUGGCAGACCUGGCCUCCAUCAUCCAGUCUCGACACAACCAGCAGUCAGAGAACAACCCUCCAAAAGGAACACCUGUGUCCGCCAUCAAAUACAACUACAACUCCCAGUUACCCCCCAAUAUGAAAAAGCCCCUCGUGAAAAAAACAAAAGCUACACCUUCCAAGCCCAGGAAGAAAAAAAGUGAUGGACCUAAUGAGGGAAUCAACUGCAGGACCCCGCUCUCAAAACGCGCAGCAAACACGGCUAACAGGGGCAGAGGACAGAAGACUCAACUUCAGGGGAAAUCAGUUCUUCUCCACAAGAGGAACCUGUUUCUGCCUCAGGCUCAAAUUGACCUGAAGAGAUACUUGGCUGAGGCUCAGGAGGAAAGGAGGCAACUCAUCCAUCACAGCAUUGCACACAGUGCAGCCCUGUUAGGGCCACAGACUCAGAACUACAGCACUCUCACAAGAAUCAACCACAAUCAUGGUCAAGAAAACCACCCAUGGUCCCUUUCAAAUGGUCCAAUCCACCAACACAUCCCAUGCAAUGGGCAUGCUGUACAGGAGUGUGAAAGGCAUUUGUUAUCUCAGGUAGCGCAGCCCGGUGAUGGGCUGCAGCAUGGUGCUGACCAUAACAACAGCCCAGCCAAUACUGCGUUCCACAGCCACACCAGUGGUCACCAUGGUCUGCCUAACGGCUUCUCAGGGGGUCGUCAGUCCCCUCCGCCAAGCCAGCAGGGCUACUACAAGCUGGAGAGGGCAGGACCUGUCACUGUCCUGUCCACAGCUACUGAUGGGGAUCUGGGCCACUCUGCAGAAUCCACUCCAUCCAAGAACAGCGUCAACAGCUUUCUGGAGUCUCCUAUGAGUUUUCUGGAUACCCCUACCAAGAACCUGCUCAAUACACCUUCCAAAAAACUGGCUGAUCUUCCAUCCUGUCAGUGUGUGGAACAGAUCGUUGAAAAAGAGGAAGGCCCUUACUAUACUCACCUCGGGGCAGGACCGAGUGUUGCUGCAGUGCGGGAACUGAUGGAGAACAGAUACGGUGCCAAAGGAAAUGCAGUACGGGUGGAAGUUGUUAUUUACACUGGGAAAGAAGGAAAGAGCUCCCAGGGGUGUCCGAUAGCUAAAUGGGUGAUCCGGCGUGGCAGUGAACAGGAGAAGCUGCUGUGUUUGGUCCGCAGGAGGCCGGGGCACUACUGCGACAAUGCCGUGUUGGUGAUCCUCAUCCUGGCGUGGGAGGGAAUCCCUCGAUCGGUUGCAGACAAUCUCUACCAGGAGCUGACACAGACACUCUUUAAAUAUGGCUCCCCCACCAGCCGACGCUGCGCUCUCAACGAAGAUCGUACGUGUGCGUGCCAGGGUUUGGACCCAGACACCUGCGGUGCUUCAUUUUCCUUUGGCUGCUCCUGGAGUAUGUACUUCAAUGGCUGUAAGUUUGCCCGCAGCAAAGUGCCACGCAAGUUUCGCCUCCUUGGAGACUACCCGGAGGAGGAGGAGAGGGUAGAAAACAACCUUCAGAGUCUUGCCACUGAACUUGCACCACUCUACAAAAAACUGGCUCCAGAGGCCUUUCAAAACCAGGUGGAAAAUGAUGCUUUAGGGGCCGACUGUCGGCUGGGUGGAAGAGAGGGACGUCCUUUUUCUGGGGUUACAGCCUGUGUGGAUUUCUGUGCUCACGCUCACAAGGACACUCACAACAUGAAUAACGGCAGCACUGUGGUUUGCACUUUAACCAAGGAAGAUAACCGUGCAGUGCGUAACAUACCAGAAGAUGAGCAGCUCCAUGUUCUGCCACUUUACAAGAUCUCUGACAGGGAUGAGUUUGGUCAGGUUGAGGGCCAGUGGGCCAAGAUCCGCAGUGGUGCUUUGCAGGUUCUGUCUGCAUUUCCCAGAGAGGUGCGUCUGCUGGCUGAGCCCGUGAAAUCAGCCCGUAAGAUUCGGCAAGAAGCUCGUCUGAAGGCUCAGGCAGAGAAACUGGAGAAGAAGCUCGGUCUGUCUCCUCUCACUCCUGGGAAAGUGAAAAGCGAAACCCCCAACAAAGAGGCACAAGGCUUCUACGGCUCAUACAGACUACCACCCAGACCUGCCAGCGUUGGAAGGUUCCCCCCGGAGAGGACUCCACCCGGCACUUACAACCAGAGCACCAGCAGCUACCCCACUCUGGGUGCAGGGGUCACCCCCCAGAACGAGGUCAUCUCCCCCACCCACCGCAGCCUGCCUGGCCUCCAGUUUGGCCAGAAUGGCUCAGCUCUUAAUUAUAAGACAAUAAAUGAUGCUGUGAAUGGUUAUUCUCCAGCGUCUGGUGACCAGAGUGUUCGUAUACCUCCACAUAAUGCUCUUAGUGACUAUCCCCGUACUUUUAAAACUGAGCCCAACGAGGUGCACUGCUCUCCUCUGCACAGACCCUCCCCCAGUGGGAGUGCUCCUCCUCCCUCCUCCUUCUCCCCCAGACCUACCUCUGAGGGCCUCUUCAGCAGGCUCAACGGACUCCACAGGGCUGCAGGAGAUGUUGCAGCAGAGGUCAGGGGUCAUGGCCUCUCUCCGUUCUCAUCUCUCCCCCUUCCCCCACAAGCUCCCCCACUUGAACCAGAGGAAAUCAAGCAGGAAGAGGUGUGGUCAGACAGCGAGCACAACUUCCUGGACCACGAGAUAGGUGGAGUCGCCGUGGCACCGUCACAUGGCUCCAUCCUGAUAGAGUGUGCGCGCCGGGAGCUCCACGCCACCACCCCGAUCCUCAAGCCUAACCGCAGCCACCCCACCCGGAUCUCCCUGGUCUUCUACCAGCACAAGUCUCUAAAUGAGCCAGGCCACGGGAUGGCUAUGUGGGAUGCCAAAAUGGCCAAGCGGGAACGGGAGCGGGAGGAGGAGGCUGAGAGAUUAAGGAUGGAGGAAUGCCUGGGCAAAACACAUGGCACAGGAGCUGGAGGUGCGGAGCAAGGGGAGGAGACAGGGGAGGAGGCAGAGGAGACGAGGAGGGUCAUGAAUGUCCCCACACGUCAGGCGUGGACUCUACCGAGGGACGGUGUCGUCACCGUGUCCCCUUAUGCUCUUACACAAGUGACGGGCCCUUACAAUCGCUGGACUUAGUCGACAUGUUUUACACACACACACACACACACACACACACACACACACACACACACACACACAGAAAACUCCUACACCCUGUGCUUCUGCCUUACCUCAAUCAACUUCAAACUGCUACUCUCAUUUUUACGUUGUUUUCAUUGUGCUUUUCUAGUACCUGUUUGUCGACUUUGCCCUUCUUCGUCUCUGCCUUCAAAGCGAUGAGGAAGACCAAAGUUUGUUGGCUUUUUAACUGUGAGUUUCUGUGUUUUUAUUGUAAAGAGAUGGUGCUUUGAAGCAUUUUAAAGACGUUUUUAAACUGGUUUUAUAUACAUGAUUAAGAACAAAAAAAGAUGUGAUUAUUUAUUCUGAUCAUAACGAUUUCUAUUUAAUUCCUGGUGUAAGCCUGUUUACUGCAAGAUUUCUAUGAUAACCUGCAUUAUGUGUUGAUGCUCAGAAUUUACGUUGUACAGUAGGAAUAUGCUCUUUAUUUCAGCCAAUAGAUCGCUUUUCGUAAGACGAAUCUCAUUGGCUUUUUACGUUGGUGCCAUUCUCACUGUAACCUCUGUUAAAAAAACUCUUUACAUCACAUAAUGUAGACUAAUAUUGUGCAUAUAUUUACUACAGAUUGUCACAUGUAGCAUCGUGCUUUUCCUUCUGCUGCCUUUGACUUCUGUUGGCAGUCGAUGAGAGAAAUGUACUUAUUCGGUUUCGUUUAUUUUCUCCAUGUCUGGUUUGUUUUUUAUUCACAGAUAUGUAUGGCAUAUUAAGAAGCACUUUUUUAUUUUCCUAAACUUAACUUGAAAAGGGUCCCAAUCCAUAGGCCUAAAUAUGUAUGUACAGAUAGAGAUAUAUAUGACAGUUUAGCAUGAACCCGGUUUUAUUUUUUACAGUAGUUCUGCAUAUUGAUUUGAAUCUAUUUGAUGAAAAGAUGGCAUACAUAUCUAAUGAAAUUCAAAACUUUGCAUAAUGAGGCUUAGUGAAAUGCUGCAACAAUUAAGUGCUUAUAAUAUUAGCUCUUAACUUGUGUUCACCUUCUGGAAAAGGAAUUUUCAAAAAUCUCUCAUAGGACACAAAUGUGAUAAUAGGAUUUAAAAACCUAUUGUAAUGGUGCUAAUACGACCUUAGUUUUUUACAGAAAUCUCAAAGUGUACCAGAAUAUUAUCAGUUUUUAUGUCCAUACAGGAUUUGAAUAUCAACUGUGUCAGCCGGUGCUAAAUAAUCCAACCUAACUCUUCUUAUUCUUCCUCUGUUCUUUUGUUGGAAAACCACUCAAACAUCAGAUCCCACUCAGACAUUUGCCUAAGACGAUUCCGGGUGCUCGACCCUUGUGAAGACUUUGUUUACAGAUAUUUUUUUACAGGGUCUGAAUAAGGGGGUUGGUGUCAACUCCUGGUGAAUCAGGAUCUUUAUUUUUUAUUACCAAUGAAAGAGAAGCUCUUCAUUUUAAUCAAUUAAAUUUCAGCACAACUGAAAAAGACCUUUCACUGAUAUUCACACUAACACUGGUGGUAUAAUGUUUCCUGUGAGAAACAUGUCGGUCUUUCAAACACUUUGACUUCCUUUUGGUGCUAAUAGGACAAGAUGUCAAGAUACAUGCAUAGACUUGACCUGGUUAUAUACUGUACAGUGAUGGCAUGGUGCUUUUUAUAAAACUCAGCACACACUGAUCUGAUAUAUGCUUCAACACAAAGGUGGUUUUAUAAUUUAUCUGGAUGAUUACUGGCUGACAGACUGAGACGCAUUAAUGUCUCCACCAUUUAUCAUGUUGUUUUUCAAGAAACAAGCAACUAAUUGUUCAGAUCUAGAGCUCAAAUGUCUUCCACAUAUAAGCAAACUCUGCAACAAUUCUCAAAAAUUACAACACACACACACACACAAAAUGAAAUGAAUGUAAACUGUUUUUAAAUCACUUGAUUUAACAUGUUUAAACAUGACAAAGAUCCAUUUGUAAAUGUUUCUUUUUAAUUUACUGUGGGGGACAUUGUCAGUCCACAUGAAAGUCUUUGUAUCAACGAGGAACUAACAACCAGCACCAGCAUUAAAAAAUAUGAAAAAAAACUUUUAUUAGUAGAAAAUGUGUAAAUAUGUAUGUGAACCAUAUUGUUUUUACUGUACUGUUUAUGGUGUUUAGACAAAGGAUGAUCUUGGUUAUUUUGAAACUGAAUUACUGUAUGUUGCUCAAAAUAUAUCCAGUUUAGACUUGAGAAGAGACUAAAUUUAGCAUUCCUUAUAUGGAUGGCUGAUCUCUUUUUGGGAUUGUGAAAUAAAGUCAUAUUUAUAUUUUGGACCUGA